GCAGAUGUGCCGGCAGCACUAGACUAGAACUACACCUCUCUCACACUGGAGGACCCCUUUUGCACUCUUGUGUGUGUGCUGUGCAUGCACGAGGAAUCCCGCUACUUUCUGCACGCUGAGUAUUCAGUGCCUGUCCGAUCCAGGGAGCAGGGGUGACUCCUGCGCACUGUCACUCACAGCCACCACCCUCCUCCCGUGCAGGGGCGCUGUAACUUCACACCCAGGUAGCCAACGUCAUUACCAAACUUGACGCGUGGGAUGCCAACUUUUUUUUUUUUUUUUGGUUUUUGAAAAUGCAGGGGCGCAGCAACGCUCGCGCAUCAAUGGCACGUUUCAUUGGGAGUUUCAGAAGUCUCAGACAGAGCAUCCCGAGACAGGACACCUCUGUGAAGCCAGUAGCUAUGCGCUAACAGAGGCUCUUUUCAGUCGCAACAAGGCGUCAUCUACCCAAGGAGAAAGUAGCGGCACCUCUGGAGUUGGCAGGUAGCCCACUCAUCCGGAGCAAUGAGCUCGGAGGUGCGAAUCGUGGAAGCAUCCAAGACAAGCGUGAUAUCACCUGUCAGCCUUCGUAAGCUCAGUUUUGGGAAGGUUGGGAGAAAACAGAGCAAUGGAUCUGUACAAGGGGCCACCACCGCCAGCCCCACCAACAGCAGCCGGUCGUUGGAGAGCGGGGACUCCGGCCAACGUCAAAGGCAACCGUCCAAGAGCAGGGUCCGCCGGCACCACCACCGGCUCUCGGCCGUCUUCAGUCGCAGCUUCUCCACAUUGGGCCGCGGCAGCAGCGGCGGAGGGGGAUACUACUACGGCAUGGCAUCCGAUGGCGGAGGAGGGGGAGGUGCAGGGGGCGGCGAGGACGGAGGAGGACACCUGGUGGCCGACGACCCUGCCGAGCUGUCCAAUCAGGUGACGGCCCCAGGGAUCCUGAAGAUCUUUGGCAACGAGAUCUGUGAGGGGGCGAACUACAAGAGUGUGCUGGCUACCACACAGUCCAGCGCCAAGGAGCUUGUGAAAGAAGCACUGGAGAGAUACUCGCUGGACAAAGCAGAUGCUGAUGCGUACGUGCUGUGCGAUGUCAUCGGUUGCAUCACGGACCACCUGUGGCGUACGGAAUGCCUGCGGGUCGUCGGGGACAACGAGAAGCCCCUCCUGCUGCAGUCCAUGUGGAAACCGAGGGAGGGCCACUCGCGACGAUUCGAGAUCCAGCGGCGCGCCACCGUCGAGGAGAAGACUGGACGCGAGAAGGACACCAUCACCGCAGGUAUAAAUGCGCAGGCACGUAAGCUGCAGAAGACGCGUUCACGGGGGAAGACCCUCUUCCUGGAGAUGACGAGGAGACGGAGCCAGAAUGAGGGUCACGGCAGCGGCGGGCUCGGCGGCAGCUUCGGAGGGCUGUUCAGGAGCCGCAGCGAGGCCGACAUCGUGGUGGAGGAGGAGCCGCCCAGCAACACCACGGACACGGAGAGCCAGAGCCAAGGCAGCCCCGUCAAGAGCGCCGGCAGCAGGAGUCAGAGCCAGGGGAGCCCUGCCAAGAGCUCCAGCAGCAGAAGCCAGAGCCCAGCCAAGAGUGCCAGCAGCAGGAGUCACAGCCCAGUCAAAAGUGCCAGCAGCGGCAGCAUCAGUGUCGGCGGCAGGAGCCACAGCAGCCCCGUCAAGAGCGCCAACAAGGGCCACGGCAACCGCAUCCCCGUCAAGAGCGCCAGCAGCGGUGCCAUUGGUAGUCCCGGGUGCGAGGCGCAGAGUGCGAGCCCCAAGAAGGGGGCUGGGGCUCGCAGGGGCUCGUUUUGGGUCGGGGAAGGCUCGGGACUCAGGAGCAGGCCUGGGAGUCAGAGUGGGGGUGGCGGUGGGACGGCCUCGGAGCUCCACAAAGAUGCCCAAUGUCCCGCUACAGAGAGGGAGGAGAGGAAAGCGAGGGAGGAGAGGGAGGAGAAAGAGAGUAGUGAUGUGGUCAGCAGCGGUAGUAGCAGCAGGGCUUCACAGUACUCCAUUCACCCGCCUCUCCACUUCCCCUACUUCCUCCUCCUGCAGGGGUACAGCCCCUCACAGGACUUCAUCAUCUACCCGAUCACUGGAGAAAGGACUGUGUUUGGCUGUGGUGACCAGCCGCCGCCGAGUGAGAGUGGGCCGACUGCAGUAGACGUCUCUCUCUGGGCGCCGGACGUUAACCCACAGCACUGUGUCAUCGAACGCCUGCAGCCCGCAGACCUCUCCCCUCUCCCGAUCAGGGCGGGCGAGGCCAGGGGCAGCACAGGGAUCCGCUCCAAUGCACCCAACCCCAUCACCAACACCAACUCUUCCACAACCACCAAUGGCAAUGCUACGUCCACCAGCAAUGGCAAUGCUACGUCCACAACCAACUCCAACUUGUCCACAUCCACCAGUGGCAGUCCCCCCACCACCACCACCACCCGUAGCUCCUCCACACACACCAACCACACCACCACCACCACCACCAAUUGCAACUCCAACCACCACUGCAGCUCCACCAAUGGAGACGCCCCUUCCACAUACACCAACGGAGAUGCCACCUCCACAUCCCUCAGCCCCAUCACCAUUGACUGCAGCUCCUCCUCCUCCUCCUCCUCCUCCUCCAUCACUACCGGCACCGCCACUAUCAUCGCCACCCGUAGCGCCACCACCAGGACCCUGCUGAAGCCAUUCCCGGGCGCUCUGGUGAAGAGGAACGGCGUCUGCGUGACCCGCGAGACCUUCCUCCGCAACGGCGACCUGGUGGGCCUGGGGGACUACUACCUGCUGAUGUUCAAGGAUCCGGCGGCGACCGCGUCCGAGGGCGUGGCGCCGUACGCCAAGCUGAUGCCGGCGUUACACGCCUGCGGAGAAGGAGGAGGAGGAGGAGGAGGAGUGGCCAUGACGACAGCGUCAGCGCCUCUGUCACCGAUGGCAACCGAGCCCUUGUGCAACACCUGCAUGUCUUCGUCGUCCUCGGCAACGGUGGUACCCACGUCGCCGUGUAAAUCGAAUGACGUGGCAGCGAGCAACCUUUCCCCUCUCAGGGGCGGAGAUGGAGAGGAGCUGAGGUUGGUGUACGAGCUGGGGCAGGAGGAGCUGGUCGUCAGGGAGAUAUUCUCUUCUGCAGGGAAGGUGGCGGCGGGACGUGGUGGCGGUGGUGGUGGUGAUGGUGGUGACCAGCCCAAGCUGACGGCUGCCCUCCUGCUGUGCCUGUGUCUCCAACGCUCGGCAGCUCAUUUCAGCUCCGCCAGCCUUCGCAAACUUCUACUGGGCAUCGCUAGUGAUGUUCAGACCAUGGUGUGGCAAUGUGCAAAGGACCUUGCCGCAGAUCAGCCUGAAAUUAGCAAUCAGGACCUGCAGGAGCCUCAGCUGCUGACCAUCUGCAAACUGAUCCCAGGUCUGCAGCCAAUGGUGUUGUGGAUGGCCAACUCCAUAGAGCUGCUGCACUUCAUCCAGCAUGAGCUUCCUCUGCUGCUGCACGGCCUAACGACCAAUGGAGAGCUGGAGGAGCACGGCGGGGAGGAAGAGGAGGAGGACGAGGAACACAUGGCCCUGUUGGAGAUGCGCAUGUCGUCGGUGCGGCCGGCUAGUGAGGAGGCCAUGACGGUGCUGGAGGAGGUCAUCAUGUUCACCUUCCAGCAGUGUGUCUACUACAUCACCAAGGUGCUGUACCCUCUGUUACCCAGCGUGCUGGACAGCCACCCCUUUUCGGAGAGCGGGCAGGUGGUGGUCCCCGAGGAGAUCAGCAAUGUGCUGGAGGUCCUGCAGAGGGCGCUGCAGCUCCUGAGGGACUUCCAGGUGCACUGGGACAUCGGGUCCCAGCUCAUCGCGUACCUCUUCUUCUUCAUCAACGCCUUCCUCUUCAACCUGCUCAUGGAGAGGGGGUCUGGAGGGUCGUUUUACCAGUGGUCCCGCGGGGUUCAGAUCCGUGCCAACCUGGACCUGCUGAUGGACUGGGCCCAUGGCGUGGAGCUGGGAGACCUGGCCCAGGCCUGCCUCAACAAGCUCUCCACCGCCGUCAACCUGCUCGCCACACCCAAGGAACACCUGCUGCAGGACUCCUGGGCUUCCCUGCGUGUGGAGUUCUCCCAGUUGAACGCGGCCCAGCUGCACCACAUGUUGAGGGAGUACAGCCCCGGCCGCGGAGGCCCCCCCGCCUGGAGCCCCCCCUCCACAGACGCCCCCGCCGCCUUCACAACCGGAGACAUCCUGGAGAGCCUUGAUAACCACCCGCCCCUGGUGCUGCCCUGCACUGGCUUCCUCCUGGAGCUGGGGAGGCCCAUCACUGACGCCAAGCUCUCAACACAGCUCCAUAGGCUGCAGCAGUUCAUCAACACCCUGCCCCACACUGGCGAUGGAGCUGACGUAAAUCCAGAGACUACGAAGGACACCGUAGCAGCAGUGCCCUUGGAGGCCAAGGUCACCAAGAUGGAGUCUCUGCCCAGGGCCCAGCUGGAGGUGGGCCAGGCCGAGAAGGUGUUGCCCCAUCACCACGGCGACAGCAACUCCUCCCCGAUCACCGUGGCAAUGACCACGACAAUGGCGGCGACCAUGACAACCACCACCACCACCAAGGCCACCACCAACAGCAACAGCGCCAUCAUCAGGACCAGGACGGACCUGGCGGCGUACGCAUCCCUGCUGAACCAGAGGCUGAGCAGCUUGGAGAGGCAGAGCGCAGAGGGGGCCAACAUAGGCCGGACCAGCAGCAGUGGCAGCAGCAGCAGCGGUGGAAGUGCCAGCAGCGGUGGUAGUGGUGGCAGUGGUGGCAGUGGCAGCAGUGGCAGCGAGAGUCUGGCCUUCUACCCAGCACGCUCUCACUACGGCCCCCAUGGCCCUCCCAGCGUUCCAUCCUCCCCGAAACUGAGGCAGCUCGUUCUGGCCGAGGUUGAAGCAGAGAUCGAGCCGCACUUGAGGCAGAUGGUUCUCGCUGAGAUAGAGGCUGAAAUUCCAUCGUCGCCAGAACUGAGGCAGAAGGUUCUGGCCCAGGUAGAGGCAGAUUUGCCGUCCUCACCACGACUCAGGCAAAUGGUUCUGGCCGAAGUGGAGGCCGACUAUGAGCCUCCUACAUCGCCUCGACUCAGGCAGAAGGUUCUGGCCGAAAUGGAAGCUGAAUUUGAUCCUCCUCCCUCGCCCCCACUCAGGCAGAAGGUUCUGACCAAGGUAGAGGCCGACUUCGAGCCUCCUACCUCACCGCAACUCAGGCAGAUGGUUCUUGCUAAAGUGCAGGAUGAGUUUGAGCCCCAGUUUUCACCACGACUGAGGAAGCUUGUUCUGGGAGAUGUGGAGGCUGAUGGUCUUCUGGAUGAGUCAGACACAGAGACAGAGGCAGAGGAUCCACGGCAGGGAGAGGAGAAUGGUGCACGUUGCCAGAAGGCUGACCGCAGCCUCAAUCACAACCAUCACCUGGGCACUCACACAAGAGAUACCAAUGAGGUGCUUGAGGAAGAGGAGGAAGAGGAGCAGGAGGAGGGAGAAGAGCUGGAGGAGGAGGGGGAUGGAGAUGUGGGUGAUGAAGAUGAUGGUGAUGAGGAGGAAGAGGAGGAGGAGGAGGAGAGGGAGGUGUUUGCAGUGGAGCUCCAGAGGGGUCUGUGUGGUCUGGGCCUCGCCCUGGUGAAUGGAAGAGAGACACCUCUGGAUCUGGAGGGAAUCUACAUCCGGUCCAUCCUACCCGGCUCCCCCGCAGAGAUGAGCCAGAGGCUGUCUCCCGGCGACCGCAUCAUGGCAGUCAACGGGGUCAGCCUCGUAGGCAUGGACUACCACGGGGGUCGAGAGCUCAUCCAGAAGUGUGGAGAGAAGCCGCGUUUCCUGGUGUCCAGAUCCAUGUGGGGUGCCAGAGGCAGACGCGGCAGACGCGGCAUCCCCAAUGAAUCCACCAGCUGACCAAGACCAUAUACACCAGGGGCGGGCAAUUGUUUUGACAGAAGAGCCACAUGGGGAUUAGAAUAUUAAACGAAGGACCAGAUGUCGCAAGCAAUUUCUCCGUAUUAAUAAGAAAUAAUGUGGGGCCCGCAGUGGCUCAAUGAGCAAAGACGAUCUAUAAGAAAAGAAAUCAUUUACACUGAUAUGACAUGUUGCCUAUUUCAAUCCUGCAUUUUGUAAAGAAACGUUUUUAGUUGAAUACAGUCACCUAUGUAUUUGGUUAAUCUCAAGCCUGCAACACCACUGUGUUGCAUUUUAAGAAUGUUGGCUGACAGUGUCUUUUUGGAUUUAAAAGUUGGCGUACUUGUUAAGGCUCUGCGGGCCACAUGAAAUGUCUCUGCAGGCCACAUGUGGUCGCAGGCCUGAGUUUGCCCACCUCUGAUAUACACUGUAUAACAGCCUCCAACGGAGAUGGACAUCGACAUAGCAAUUGUGCAUUACACUAUUUAAGAGUCAAUUAUGACAGCUUUAUACACAUGUACCGUACAUAAGACAAAGGCAAAAAAAGUUAGACUUAUUUUAUUUUAAAAAUGUAUGGUCUUUUUAAAUGGCUGAUUUCAUGAUGUUGAUGGCUGUGUAAUCAAUGUCUGAGAACAAUUAUUAAUUAUUAAUCUGCAAUAAUGUUUUAUGUGCUUGAAGGACACUAAGUGUUAUAUUGCUUUUGUCUGUCUGAACAAACCAGUGUUCUAGCUUGUGUGGUUAAUACCCAACCGGCAGGGGUAAAGUCUUAUGAAAUGACCUUGACAAAUGAUUGCACUGUUACUUGAUAGUGCCUCCUUCUUGCGUCUUUUUCUUCAUUGGGAGUGUUGAAUGAAUGGCUCUUAAAAAGAUUUAAG